AUGGAGGCUGCACAAGAAAACAUUCAGACGGUUGCGAAAAUUGAUGACGGCCUAGACCGGAAGACUCUUUUUGUUCGUUCGAUACCUUUUGAGGCUACAUCGGAGCAACUGUCAGACUUCUUCUCACAAUUUGCGCCUAUCAGGCAUGCUGUGGUUGUCACAGACAACGACAAGAAGUCCAGAGGUUUCGGCUUUGUGAAGUUUACAACUGAUGAAGAUCUGCUUAAUGCUUUGGAAAGAGCCAAGAAGGAGAAGUUUUUAAAUCGUUUGCUGAACGUCGAUGUUGCUAAAAGAAGAGAGAGACAAGAAAGGACAGACGGAUCCCGCGCCCCAAGGGCUCCAGCCUACGUGAAGCCAGAGGAGGUUGAAAAAAGGAAAGCUAGGUUGAUUAUCAGAAACUUGCCAUGGUCUGUGAGAGAUCCUACUGAGCUGAAGAACCUGUUCAACAAGUUUGGAGCUGUCACCGAUGCGAUUAUCCCCAGAAAGGCAGGAGGAAGAAUGAGUGGAUUUGCUUUCAUAACGAUGAAAAAGAAAUCCGCUGCUGAUAAAGCCAUAGCCGAGAGUAAGGGACUAAAAAUCCAUGGAAGGGAAGUUGUUGUGGAUUUUGCUGUUGAGAAAUCCAAGUGGGUUCAACAUAAUGAGGAUAAGGAGGCGGACGAGUCAGAAGAUGAGGAGGAAAGCGACCAGCAAGAGGAAGAGGAAGAGGAAGAGGAAGAGGAAGAAGGAGACGAAGAAGAAGUCCCCGAGGAGGAAAGUGAUUCAGAAAAGGAACACACCAAAAAAUCGCAGAAAGUGAAAAAAGUCAAAGUCAUAGCCAGUGACCAGAACUCCGACUCCGAGACAGGCGAAGACUCCGAAGACGAGUCCGAUAUGGAAGGCGUCAAGGAUAUAUAUGACAACGAUGACGAAGAAGAGAACAGGCCGAAGGCAAACAGACAGGAGAAGUUCACCAUUUUUAUCAGAAACCUUCCAUAUGAUGCCACGGAAGAAUCUUUGAGAGAACAUUUCUCCAAGUUUGGUCCAGUCAGAUAUGCUCUUCCUGUGAUCGAGAGAGAGACUGGGCUAGCCAAGGGAACUGGUUUUGUGGCUUUCUACAAGCAGGAAUCCUAUGAGGAGUGUCUCCUGAAUGCCCCAGAAGCGACCGGAGGGUCCAUUCUGAUCGCAGAUGAUGUUUCUCCAUUGUAUGUUUAUGAGGGUCGUGUUUUGUCUGUUGCACCUGCUGUCGACAGAGACUCUGCCAACAAGCUGGCCGAGCGUAAUUUGAAGAACAGAAAGGAACUGCUAGGAAAGGCACCUGGUGAAAAGGAUAAGAGAAACCUGUUUUUGCUGAACGAGGGAAGAAUCACUUCCAACUCCAAGCUUGCCAAACUACUUACCUCUGCCGAUCUGGCCAUUAGAGAGAAAUCUUAUGACCUGCGUGUUCAACAAUUGAACAAAAACCCAACUUUGCAUCUUUCAUUGACUAGAUUGGCACUGAGAAAUCUUCCUCGUGCUUUGACAGAAAAAUCACUCAAGGCCCUUGGUAGAAAGGCAAUUGUUGAGUUUGCUACUGAGGUCAGACAGAGCAAGAGACACGCCUUGAGUGCCGAGGAGAUCAAGAGAUCUAUCAGUUUCAAGAAGUUCACUAACCCAGAAGAGGAUUCUGAGUCCAACCGGUCCAAAAAGAAGGGUGUUGUCAGACAGGCUAAAGUAAUCACCGAGGUCAAGGGAUCCGGCGAGGCCGGUCGUAGCAGAGGUUACGGUUUCUUGGAAUUCAGAGAUCACAAGUCGGCACUUAUGGCCUUGAGAUGGCUGAAUGCACAUUUGGUGACGAACGAAGAGAUUGUCGACGGUCUUACCGAAGAAGAGAAGAAGUCUGCACAACUGGAAGGUGUUUCCCAGAGGAGAUUGAUUGUCGAAUUUGCCAUUGAAAACGCCAAGGUCAUGCAGCGUAGAAAGGAGUUCUCGAUCAAGUCCAGAGACAGUCGCAAGCGUCAAUUGGAGGCUGAAGAAGAAAAUGCAGCUAAGAAGGCCAAGAUUGAGGAAGAACUGCGUAAGUCGGGUGUUUCAGACAGUGUGAAGCAGAUGAUAGGGAAGAAGCGUAAGGCGAGAAAGAACAAUAGAAGGUAG